CUGAAGGAGGUAGAUCUUUGUUAUAUAGAAUAGAAUGGCUCAGGCCUUAAUGGCUCCAUUGACAAAGGAGGGAUGAGCUUCUGCCUUCCUUUUAGGGGAAAUAUUCUGCCCUUUUAAUAUAAUCUGGGGGACGGGUGGGUGCUACCUUCCUACAAGUGGAUUUGCUUCUUUGUCUCCCUAAAGGUGUGUUUAACUGGCACGCCUUGCCUAAGGAGCACCAUUAUUUCCAUCAGCUUUAUUAAGUUUUAUUGUUCACACACACACAGAUAUUAGAUUGCAAGCUCUUUGGGCCAGAUAUUUGAAUUUUAAGCCAUUUAUGUGUUAAAUUGCUAACACAAAAUAUUAAUAAGCUCAUGUGUUGGAUGAUUUCAAAACACAUCCAAGAAGUUCAAACUUUUUUUUAAAAAAACAACCCACUUUUGCCCAUAGAAACCCUAGAGGAGCGAGGGCGCCUGCGCAGCUGCGCCCUCGAGAUAAAGUCGCUGAGUCACCUUUCUGCGCACGCGCCCUCCCGCACCUAACCGGGAAACGAAAUUGAUAUUGCGCCCCCGGCGUUCCUUUGGCUUCCUCUCCAUGCGGGGGCGGAAGAACGGUCGGAAAUAGCCGCGGGGCGUUCUAGCCGUCCGUGCCGGAAGUCUCUGCCGCGCUUCUGUGAGGCGAACCUGCAGUCCCCUUGUGAAGGCUCAAUUUUACUUCUGGACGUUGGGAGCCUGGAAGUCGGUUGAUAAUAACGAAAAAAGCGCCCAAUUUAUUCUUUAGGGCCGUUGGUUGUUUCCCCCCCCUCAGAGAACAGACCGGUGUCGUUGGGGGGGGGCGGAGUUUCAACCUGAAUCAGCGGUCGGUCGACGUCAUUUCCCCCGCGACCCGGAAGCGCUUUCCCCGGCCUCUGGUGUCUUUGCCUCAGCAACUCUAACGCUACUGGAAGCAGAACUGAGGAGAGUCGGCGGCAAGAUGGCGGCGUCGGGGGGCGUCGGCGGCGGGCCCGGGUCUUCGGAGCGGGAUCCCGGCUGGGAGGUGGCGGUGCGGCCGCUGCUGUCGGCCUCCUACUCGGCCUUCGAGAUGCGCGAGCUGCCGCAGCUGCUGUCCGCCGUCAUUGAGAGUGAGUCGGAAAUCCUGCACCACGACAAACAAUACGAGCCUUUCUACUCCUCUUUUGUUGCGCUUGCAACGCACUACAUCACCACGGUGUGUGGAGUAGUACCUCGGAACCAGCUGCAGUCUGUAGCAGCUGCCUGCAAAGUACUGAUUGAAUUCUCCCUGUUGCGACUUGAAAACCCAGAUGAGGCCUGCGCUGUCUCACAGAAACACCUGAUCCUGCUGAUCAAGGGGCUGUGCACUGGCUGCAGCCGCCUGGACCGGACAGAGAUCAUCACUUUCACAGCGAUGAUGAAGUCGGCCAAGCUGCCCCAGACAGUGAAGACCCUCUCGGACGUGGAGGAUCAGAAAGAGCUGGCUUCUCCUGUCAGGCCUGAACUGCGCCAGAAGGAGGUGCAGAUGAACUUCCUCAAUCAGUUGACCUCUGUCUUCAAUCCCAAAAUGGCCCUGUCGCCAAUGACGAUGCUGCAGGCUCAGGGGGAAGGGGAAGGUGAAGAGCAGACUGCCACAGACCAAUCCUCCACAACCAAAACCAAGAGCAUAUUUGUUGCCCAGAACGUGGCCAGCUUGCAAGAACUCGGCGGUUCUGAAAAGCUGCUGCGCGUCUGCUUGAACCUUCCGUACUUCCUACGCUAUAUUAACCGCUUCCAGGACGCCGUGUCAGCCAAUUCUUUCUUCAUCAUGCCGGCUACUGUUGCUGAUGCCACAGCAGUCCGUAACGGGUUCCAUUCCCUGGUGAUUGACGUCACCAUGGCCCUGGACACGCUUUCCCUCCCCGUCCUGGAACCUCUGACCCCCGCCCGCUUGCAGGACGUGACCGUUCUCGCCCUCAGCUGCCUCUAUGCAGGGGUCAGCGUGGCCACCUGCAUGGCCAUCCUACACGUGGGCACCACCCAGCAAGUUCGCACGGGCUCCACCAGCUCCAAAGAAGAGGACUACGAAAACGAUGCUGCCAUCAUUGUACAGAAAUGCUUGGAAAUCUACGACAUGAUCGGCCAAGCCAUCAGCAGUUCCCGCCGGGCAGGUGGGGAGCACUACCAGAACUUCCAGCUCCUCGGGGCCUGGUGUCUGCUGAACAGCUUAUUCCUCAUCUUGAACCUCAGCCCGACCACCCUGGCCGACAAGGGGAAAGAGAAGGACCCCCUGGCAGCCCUUCGGGUCCGGGAUAUCAUUGUGCGGUCCAAAGAGGGUGUGGGGUCUCCCAAACUUGGACCUGGCAAAGGGCAUCAGGGGUUUGGCAUCCUCUCCGUCGUCCUGGCCAAUCACGCCAUCAAGCUCCUCACUUUGCUCUUUCAAGACCUUCAUGUGGAGGCCCUUCAGAAGGGCUGGGACACAGACGGCCCUCCGGCCGUUCUGAAUAUCAUGGCCCAGAGUACAUCGAUCCAGAGGAUUCAACGCUUGAUCGAGUCGGUGCCUCUUGCCAACCUGCUGUUGACCUUGCUCUCCACGGCGUAUCGGAAGGCUUGCGUCCUGCAGAGACAACGAAAGGGGUCCAUGAGCAGCAACGUCAGCGCCUCCACAGACUCCAACACCUACUACGAAGACGACUUCAGCAGCACGGAAGACAGCAGCCAAGACGACGACAGUGAGCCCAUCCUUGGUCAGUGGUUCGAAGAGACCAUCUCCCCCAGCAAGGAGAAGGUGGCCCCUCCUCCCCCUCCUCCCCCACCCCCUCUGGAGAGCUCCCCCCGGGUGAAGAGCCCCAACAAGCAGUCGGCAGGAGAAAACGGGAACAUCCUGGCCAGUCGCAAAGACCCGGAAUUGUUCUUAAACCUGGCUUCCAAUAUCCUCAACUUCCUAACGUCCUCCAUGCUGGACUCGAAGAACAAUUUCAUUCGCAACUACCUGAGCGUCUCUCUGACGGAGCAGCACAUGGCCACUCUGGCCAGCAUCAUCAAAGAAGUGGACAAGGACGGGCUCAAAGGGACCUCCGAGGAAGAAGAGUUUGCGGCUGCACUGUACCAUUUCAACCAUUCCUUGGUGACCUCUGACCUCCAGUCUCCGACCUUGCAGGUGAUUCUGGCUCGGCCGGUUCUGAUCCAGAAUUUGCCGUCAUUCGUCCAGUCACUGUGCGAAUCCUGGAACAGCAUCCAUACCAACGAGUUCCCCAACAUUGGGUCUUGGCGCAACGCCUUUGCCAACGACACCAUCCCGGCCGAGAGCUACAUCAGCGCUGUUCAAGCCGCCCACCUGGGCACCCUGUGCAGUCAGAGCCUUCCCUUGGCGGCCUCCUUGAAGCACACCCUCCUCUCAUUGGUCAGGCUCACCGGAGACCUUGUGGUCUGGUCCGAUGACCUAAACCCCCCCCAGGUGAUCCGCACGCUGCUGCCUCUCCUGUUGGAGACCAGCACGGAGAGCGUGGCCGAGAUGAGCAGCAAUUCACUGGAGCGGAUCCUGGGCCCAGCUGAGUCGGAUGAGUUCCUCUCACGGGUCUACGAGAAGCUGAUCAUGGGCUGCUACAACAUUCUGGCUAACCACUCCGACCCGAACAGCGGCCUCGAUGAAGCCAUCUUGGAGGAAUGUCUGCAACAUCUGGAGAAACAGCUGGAGAGCAGCCAGGCCCGGAAAGCCAUGGAGGAUUUUUUUGCGGAGAGCGGAGAGCUAGUCCAGAUCAUGAUGGCGACUGCCAACGAGAACCUCUCGGCCAAGUUCUGCAACCGGGUUCUGAAAUUCUUCACCAAGCUCUUCCAGCUAACCGAGAAGAGCCCAAACCCCAGCCUUCUGCGCUUGUGUGGCUCCUUGGCCCAGCUGGCGUGUGUUGAGCCUGCGCGCCUCCAGGCCUGGUUGACCCGUAUGACCACCUCUCCCCCCAAGGAGACUGACCAGCUGGAGAUGGUGCAGGAGAACCGGCAGCUGCUCCAACUCCUGACCACUUACAUUGUGCGGGAGAACAGCCAAGUCGGCGAGGGAGCCUGCACCGUCCUCCUGAGUACCCUGAUUCCCAUGGCUACCGAGAUGCUGGCAAAUGGAGAUGGGACCGGCUUUCCGGAGCUUAUGGUGGUCAUGGCGACCUUGGCUGGCGCCGGACAAGGAGCUGGUCACCUCCAGCUGCAUAGUGCAGCCCUGGACUGGCUGGGGAGAUGCAAGAAAUAUUUGUCUCAGAAGAAUGUGAUUGAGAAAAUGAACGCCAGUGUCAUGCACGGAAAGCAUGUGACCAUCCUGGAAUGCACCUGCCACAUCGUCUCCUACCUGGCCGACGUCACCAAUGCCCUGAGCCAGAGCAACAGCCAGGGCACCAGCCACCUCUCGGUUGACGGAGAAGAGCGGGCCAUCGAAGUGGACUCCGAUUGGGUGGAGGAAUUGGCUGUGGAGGAGGAGGACUCGCAGGCCGAAGAUUCGGACGAAGACUCUCUCUGCAACAAACUUUGCACCUUUACCAUCACACAGAAGGAAUUCAUGAACCAGCACUGGUAUCACUGCCACACCUGUAAGAUGGUGGACGGUGUCGGCGUCUGCACCGUCUGCGCCAAGGUUUGCCACAAGGACCACGAGAUUUCGUACGCCAAAUACGGAUCGUUCUUUUGCGACUGCGGAGCCAAGGAAGAUGGCAGCUGCCUGGCCCUGGUGAAGAGGACUCCCAGCAGCGGCAUGAGCUCUACCAUGAAGGAGUCAGCCUUCCAAAGCGAGCCACGCGUCUCGGAGAGCGUCCGCCAUUCCAGCACCUCGCCCACCGACAAGUCCAAGUCAUCCGCCAGUGAUGUCCGAGGGAGUGACGAAGACAAGCCCAAGAAGAGCACCCUCUGCAGGAACGUGGAAGGAUGUCGGGAGCAGCUACAGGCCCAGGCCAACUUCUCCUUCGCCUCUUUGGUCCUGGACCUGCUCAACUUCUUGAUGGAAGCCAUCCAGAUCAACUUCCAGCAAGCCUCAGCGAUGGGCAGCAGCAGCCGCGCCCAGCAGGCCCUGAACCAGCUGCACACCUUGGACAAGACGGUGGAAAUGACUGACCAGCUGAUGGUGCCGACCCUGGGCUCUCAGGAAGGCGCCUUUGAGAACGUCCGGAUGAACUAUAGCGGGGAUCAAGGCCAGACCAUCCGGCAGUUGAUCAGCGCUCACGUCUUGCGGCGGGUGGCCAUGUGCGUGCUUUCCUCGCCCCACGGACGGCGCCAACACCUGGCAGUCAGCCACGAGAAGGGCAAGAUCACCGUGCUGCAGCUCUCUGCGCUGCUGAAGCAAGCCGAUUCCAGCAAGCGGAAGUUGACGCUGACCCGCCUGGCCUCCGCGCCCGUCCCCUUCACCGUGCUGAGCCUGACGGGGAACCCCUGCAAGGAGGACUAUUUGGCUGUUUGCGGGCUGAAGGACUGCCACGUCCUCACAUUCAGCAGUUCGGGCUCUGUCUCGGAUCACUUGGUGCUCCAUCCUCAGCUUGCCACGGGCAACUUCAUCAUCAAGGCAGUCUGGCUUCCAGGAUCCCAGACAGAACUGGCCAUCGUCACCGCCGACUUCGUGAAGAUCUACGACCUCUCGGUGGACGCCUUAAGCCCCACCUUCUAUUUCCUGCUGCCCAGCUCCAAAAUCCGGGACAUCACUUUCCUCUUCAACGAAGAGAGCAAGAACAUUGUGGUCAUCAUGUCCUCCGCUGGCUACAUCUACCUGCAGCUCAUGGAGGAGGCCAGCAGUGCCCAGCACGGCCCUUUCUACGUCACCAACGUCCUUGAAGUCGCCCACGAGGACCUGAAGGACAGCAAUGGUCAGGUGGCCGGGGGCGGAGUGUCCGUCUACUACUCCCAUGUCCUGCAGAUGCUUUUCUUCAGCUACAGCCAAGGGAAAUCCUUCGCGGCCACCAUCAGCCGAUCUACCUUAGAGGUGCUGCACCUCUUUCCCAUCAACAUCAAGAGUUAUACAUGGCCUAUUUUGAUCCAAGACAUGGUGGCCAUCCGGCACACGGCUUGCAAUGAGCAGCAGCGGACGACCAUGAUCCUCCUCUGUGAGGACGGCAGCCUGCGGAUCUACAUGGCCAACGUGGAGAACACCUCCCACUGGCUCCAGCCCGCCCUGCAGCCCAGCAGCGUCGUCAGCAUCAUGAAGCCCAUCCGCAAACGCAAAGCAGCCGCCAUCCCCACACGCAGCUCCACCCAGGUGAACUUCCCCAUUGACUUCUUUGAACACAACCAGCAGUUGACGGACGUGGAGUUUGGGGGCAACGACCUCCUGCAGGUCUACAAUGCCCAGCAGAUCAAGCAUCGUCUCAACUCCACCGGCAUGUACGUGGCCAACACCAAGCCCGGGGGCUUCACCCUUGAGGUGACCAACAACAACAGCACCAUGGUGAUGACCGGCAUGAGGGUCCAGAUCGGGACACAAGCCAUCGAGAGAGCACCUUCCUACCUGGAAGUCUUUGGCCGCACCUUGCAGCUCAACCUUAGCCGGCCCCGAUGGUUCGAUUUCCCCUUUACUCGCGAGGAAGCCCUGCAGGCCGACAAGAAGCUGACCAUUUUCAUCGGGGCCUCCGUGGACCCCGCCGGAGUCACCAUGCUUGACGCCGUCAAGAUCUACGGCAAGACCAAGGAGCAGUUUGGUUGGCCGGAUGAACCCCCGGAAGACUUCCCGUCGGCAUCCGUGAGCAGCGUCUGUCCCCCAAAUCUGAAUCAAGGAAACGGGGCCGGAGACACGGAGUCGGCCACCCCUGCAGCCGUGGGCGGCACCGUCUUGGAGAGUCCUGACACUGAAUCCUUAACCACCCUGGACCGGUUAGUAUCCUGCCUCUCUCUGCACGAAUGGUUUUAUGAGAAGACCAAAGCUGCCACUCAGGAAUUGGCCACCAUGCUGCUGUCCACACCGGCCCCUUCCAGUGUCCAGCAGCAGACAAAGAGCCUGUUGGCCAGCCUCCACGCCAGCCGCUCGGCUUACCACAACCACAAGGAUCAGGCCCUGCUGAGCAAAGCCAUCCAGUAUCUUACCACCUCGAACAGAGAAGGGAAGGACCUGGAACCGGAGGUUUUUCAGAGGCUGGUCAUCACGGCGCGCUCCAUCGCCAUCAUGCGGCCGAAUAACCUGGUCCAUUUCACGGAGUCGAAGUUUCCGUCUCUGGAAACAGAAAGCAUUGAAGAAGGGCAGGAGGCUGCAAAGGCCCCAGAAGGAGAAGGGUGCAGCUUUAUUACCCAGCUGGUCAACCAUUUCUGGAAACUCCAUGCCUCGAAACCCAAGAAUGCCUUCCUGGCGCCUGCUUGCCUGCCAGGGCUGACCCACGUCGAGGCCACUGUCAACGCCCUCAUAGACAUCCUCCAUGGAUAUUGCAUCUGCGAGCUGGACUGCAUCAACGUCGCCUCCAAAAUCUACAUGCAGAUGUUGCUGUGCCCGGAUCCGGCUGUGAGCUUCUCUUGCAAGCAAGCGCUGAUCCGAGUGCUGAGGCCCAGGAACAAGAGGAGACACGUAACCUUGCCUUCAUCCCCUCGAAGCAACACCCCCAUGGGAGACAAAGAUGAUUAUGACGACGACGAUGCCGAUGACAAGAUGCAGACCUCCGGCCUGCCCAGCGGGGAGGACAUUCGGCAGGAGAGCCAGGAACAAAACGAAGUGGACCACGGAGACUUUGAGAUGGUGUCCGAAUCGAUGGUCUUGGAAACCGCUGACAACGUGAACAACGGGAACCCGUCUCCCCUGGAGGCUCUCCUGGCUGGGGCUGAGGGCUUCCCCCCCAUGCUGGACAUCCCCCCCGAUGCUGACGACGAAACCAUGGUCGAACUGGCCAUUGCCUUGAGCCUGCAACAGGACCAGCAGGGUGAGAAGAGGCCGAACAACUUUCUUUGCAGAAAUGUAAUUUUCUUUCAUUGUUUUAACAUUUUGCCGCCCGCGCAGACAUUUUUAUGUGCAAAUGAGCACACUCACGGAACCGGCAGUCAUGCCGGAAGCAACCCAUCCUUGGGCUUCGCCGUUUGGUCUGCCAAAGGAAGAGUGCCAGGGUCCCUUCACAUGCUCUCUCUCUAUCUCCCGCAGUCGUCGUCCUUGAUUUCGAGCGCUACCGCGGCUGCUUUGCUGAGCUCCGGAGCUGUGGACUAUUGCCUUCACGUCCUGAAGUCCCUGUUGGACUAUUGGAAGAACCAGCAGAACGACGAGGAGCCCGUGCCCACCAGCCAGCUCCUGAAGCCCCAUACCACCGCCUCUCCGCCCGACAUGAGCCCUUUCUUUCUGCGACAGUAUGUCAAGAUGGAGCACCUGAAGGCCUGUGCCGAAAUUGCCACCCAGCGCACGGUCAACUGGCAAAAAUUCUGCAUCAAAGACGAUUCUGUCCUCUAUUUCCUCCUGCAAGUCAGCUUCCUGGUCGACGAGGGCGUCUCGCCCGUCCUCCUGCAGCUGCUCUCCUGCGCCCUCUGUGGCAGCAAGGUCCUCUCUGGGUCGUCUUCGGCAGGGUCUUCGGGCACUUCAGUCCCCGGAGGAUCCAGCUCAGGCCAGCCGUCCGGGCAAAGCAAAUCCUCCACCAAGAAGAGCAAGAAGGAAGACAAGGAGAAGGAGCGAGAGGGAGACGGCUCCUCGGGCAGCCAGGAAGACCAGCUCUGCACCGCUCUGGUGAACCAGCUGAACAAAUUUGCCGACAAGGAGACUCUGAUUCAGUUCCUGCGCUGCUUCCUGCUGGAAUCCAACUCGUCGUCCGUGCGUUGGCAGGCCCACUGUCUGACUCUGCACAUCUACCGGAACUCCAACAAGUCCCAGCAAGAGCUGCUACUGGACCUGAUGUGGUCGAUCUGGCCCGAACUGCCCGCCUACGGGCGGAAGGCAGCCCAGUUUGUGGAUCUCCUGGGCUACUUCUCUCUAAAAACCCAGCAGACAGAGAAAAAGUUCAAGGAAUAUUCCCAGAAGGCUGUGGAGAUCCUCAGGAUGCAGAACCACAUCCUCACCAAUCACCCCAACUCCAACAUCUACAA